CUGAAUAGUGACAAUUGGAAAUAUUUAACUUGUUCCUUAAAAUGAAUCUGGAAAGACCUUAAAGAGGCUAAUUUCCAGCCAUGAUCUAAAAAACAAACAGAGCCCCAACUGAACUUUAGAUUUUUACAAAUAUUAUACCCAAGGCUCCAAAUUUUGUCCUUCUUAAAUGCACCAAGAUAACACAACAUCCUUUGUUAGAGGUGGAAAAUAAAUAGCUUCGUAGGAAACAAGACUUUAUCAAGCAGUAAUUUAUAGAUUUGUGUCCUUUUUUUUAUUUUAUCUCUUUUAUUAAAAAGAGAAAAAGCCAUUCUUGAUUCAGAAGUAUUUCUCAGAUCAUUAUAGAAUAACAAUCAGGACUCUCCACCUUUUAUUUUCAUUGCUGGGUUGUAAAAGAUGGCUCUCGACAAUGCCUACUCCAGAAAGAUAUUAUUCUACAAAUAAGGGCUCAGCAUGACAUUUAUGAGAAAGCCGAGGUCCUCCUGUGCAAAGCUGAUUGGUGAUCAGCCAGUGGGCUCCGGGGCGCUGCCAAUAAAGGCACUUUCUUCGCUGGGCUGAUCAGAUGCAGGACAGAGGGUUGCCUCUGCCUGUGGACCUUGGGGAAAUGCGCGGCUCCUGUCCUAGCAGCACCUGUCUGUGGCCAGCGAGGAGAAACCAGACUCUCACAAUGAAACACCUUCGUCCCCAGUUCCCUCUCAUCUUGGCCAUCUACUGCUUCUGCACGCUACAGAUUCCCUCCUCAGGAUUUCCUCAACCUUUAGCUGAUCCUCCAGACGGCUUGGAUAUUGUGCAGCUUGAGCAGCUGGCAUAUUGUCUGAGUCAGUGGGCACCUCUUUCUCGCCAAUCUAAGGAUAAUCAAGACAUAUACAAAAGGUUUUUGUUUCACUACUCCAGAACUCAGGAGGCAACACAUCCAGUUAAAACUGGGUUUCCUCCAGUGCAUCCUCUAAUGCACCUGGCUGCCAAGCUCGCCAACAGGCGGAUGAAGAGAAUUCUGCAGCGAGGUUCGGGGACUGCUGCAGUGGACUUCACCAAGAAGGAUCACACUGCGACCUGGGGACGACCCUUUUUCCUUUUCAGGCCCAGGAAUGGAAGAAACAUUGAAGAUGAGGCCCAGAUUCAGUGGUGAAAGAAAGCUGGAUCUGAUGAGGCCUUCCAGGGAUUAUGUUGAACAAAUAUCAAAUUUCUUUCCACGAACAAUAUUUAAAGAUAUUUCUCUUGCUCUAUAUUCACUAGAUAUUUAGCUUUAUAAAAAUAAAGUAGCAUUGUGUGA